AUCUUGCAAAAAUAACAAGUUGGAAGGCAGUAAUAUAGUAUGACACUAACGUGAGGAAAGACAAUAGAAUGGAAUAGAGAGAGUCCAGAAAUAAAUUCUCAAUUUACAAUCAGCUGAUUUUUGAAAAAAGAACAAAGUUGGAAGACUAAUUAAGAUAGUGUAAAACUGGAAUGAGGCGAUCAGUAGAAUGGAAUAGAGACUCCAGAAAUAAAUCUUCACAUUUAUGGUCAGCUGAUUUCUGAAAAGGGUGCCAAGAUCAUGCAAUGCAGAAAGAACAGUCCUUUCAACAAAUUGUGCUGUGUCAACUGGAUAUCCACAUGCAAAAUGAUGAAAAUAGACCCCUUCCUUACACCACACAGAAAAAUUAACUCAAGAUGGACCAUUGACUUAAAUAUGAGAAUAGGAAGGAGAGGACAAAGAAGGUCAAUAUCCCUCUCCUAGAUGCUCUCUAAUUGGAGGAAGAUUCCUGACAGAGAUGUGGAGAUGCAAAUACCAGAGGAGACAGGGUCAAACCAAACCUGAGCAGAAUGCCUUGACUGACUCUGCCUGUGCUGCUCCUAAGUGCUCCUUGGGCAGAAUGGAUGGCUUGAGCCAGAGUCCUUUAGGUACUCUCAAAGGCAGUUGCGUCUGGAUCACUCUGCACUUGAGGUCAUGGAGCCCAGUGAAGGAACAUUUUAGUGGAUAAACCAAAUGACCAAUCUUCAAGGUGGUCUUCAGAGAGCAACUACCCUCCCCAGUACUUGGUUCUGAAGCUUGAAAGGCCUGCUAUAGUCCAGAAUAUAACAUUUGGAAAGUAUGAGAAAACUCACGUCUGUAAUUUGAAAAAAUUUAAAGUCUUUGGCGGAAUGAAUGAAGAAAACAUGACAGAGCUAUUAUCCAGUGGCUUAAAGAAUGAUUAUAACAAAGAAACAUUCACCUUGAAGCAUAAAAUUGAUGAACAAAUGUUCCCUUGUCGAUUCAUUAAAAUAGUUCCACUCUUAUCCUGGGGACCCAGCUUUAACUUUAGCAUCUGGUAUGUUGAACUUAGUGGCAUUGAUGAUCCCGAUGUAGUACAACCUUGUCUCAACUGGUAUAGCAAGUACCGUGAACAGGAAGCCAUUCGCCUUUGCCUAAAACACUUUAGACAACACAACUAUACAGAAGCCUUUGAAUCACUGCAAAAGAAAACCAAGAUUGCCUUGGAACAUCCUAUGUUAACAGAUCUUCAUGAUAAGCUGGUGUUGAAGGGUGAUUUUGAUGCUUGUGAAGAGCUGAUUGAAAAAGCUGUAAAUGAUGGCUUGUUCAAUCAGUAUAUCAGUCAACAGGAAUAUAAGCCACGGUGGAGUCAAAUCAUUCCCAAAAGCACCAAAGGUGAUGGAGAAGAUAACAGACCAGGAAUGAGAGGAGGCCAUCAGAUGGUUAUUGAUGUUCAAACAGAGACCGUUUAUUUGUUUGGUGGCUGGGAUGGAACACAAGAUCUUGCUGACUUCUGGGCGUACAGUGUGAAGGAGAACCAGUGGACAUGUAUCUCUAGAGACACUGAGAAAGAGAAUGGUCCUAGUGCCAGAUCAUGUCAUAAAAUGUGCAUUGACAUUCAACGAAGGCAAAUCUACACGUUGGGCCGUUAUUUGGAUUCCUCUGUGAGGAACAGCAAAUCUCUGAAGAGUGACUUUUAUCGCUAUGACAUUGACACUAACACAUGGAUGUUACUCAGUGAGGAUACCGCUGCUGACGGAGGGCCGAAGUUGGUGUUUGAUCAUCAGAUGUGUAUGGACUCCGAAAAACAUAUGAUCUACACUUUUGGUGGUAGAAUUUUGACGUGUAAUGGCAGCGUAGACGACAGCAGAGCCAGUGAACCACAAUUCAGUGGGUUGUUUGCUUUCAACUGUCAGUGUCAGACCUGGAAGCUUCUUCGAGAGGACUCCUGUAAUGCUGGGCCUGAGGAUAUCCAGUCUCGGAUAGGACACUGCAUGCUCUUUCACUCGAAAAAUCGUUGCUUAUAUGUAUUUGGUGGCCAGCGAUCGAAGACCUAUUUGAAUGAUUUCUUUAGUUACGACGUGGACUCUGAUCACGUAGACAUAAUAUCAGAUGGCACCAAGAAAGACUCUGGAAUGGUUCCAAUGACGGGAUUCACACAGAGAGCAACCAUUGAUCCAGAACUGAAUGAAAUACAUGUCCUAUCUGGACUCAGCAAAGAUAAGGAAAAGAGGGAAGAGAAUGUCAGAAAUUCAUUCUGGAUUUAUGACAUUGUGAGGAAUAGUUGGUCUUGUGUCUAUAAAAAUGAUCAGGCUGCAAAAGAUAAUCCAACUAAAAGUCUUCAGGAGGAAGAACCAUGUCCAAGAUUUGCCCAUCAGCUUGUAUAUGAUGAGUUACACAAGGUUCAUUAUUUAUUCGGUGGGAAUCCAGGAAAAUCUUGCUCCCCAAAAAUGAGAUUAGAUGACUUCUGGUCACUGAAGUUGUGUAGGCCUUCAAAAGAUUACUUACUGAGGCACUGCAAGUACCUCAUAAGAAAACACAGGUUUGAAGAAAAGGCCCAAAUGGAUCCUCUUAGUGCACUGAAAUACUUACAAAACGAUCUUUAUAUAACUGUGGAUCAUUCAGACCCAGAAGAGACAAAAGAGUUUCAGCUGCUCGCUUCAGCUCUAUUCAAAUCUGGCUCAGAUUUUACAGCUCUAGGCUUUUCGGAUGUGGAUCACACCUAUGCUCAGAGAACUCAGCUCUUUGACACCUUGGUAAAUUUCUUUCCUGACAGUAUGACUCCUCCUAAAGGCAACUUGGUAGACCUCAUCACACUGUAACUGAAGAGUCACUGGCCGGAAAGGAGAACAGAAGUCUGCUUUCAGUAUUCUGGAUUUCAACUCUCUUGACCGACACUUAGGCUGCAGUGAUUGAGGACUGCACCAGAAUUUUGAAGGGACCGUUACCAUCACAAGUUCUAACCCUCUUUCGUCAUACCUGACCUCAACCCCAUUCUCCUCAUCCCAUUCCUCAAUUAGGUUAAUAAUAAAGUGAAAUUGGUGUACUUUCCAUUUAAAUAUAUAUAUUUUUUACUUUAACUUUUAAGAAUUAAUGAGUAUAAAAAUAAUAAUCAGGUAGUUUACCCUUUCCUGAUUUUUAUUUCAUUUUUAUAAAAUUAGGGCAAGUAAGCACUAUUAACAGACUCAGUGCUGCAAGAAUUGGGAUUUUGUUGUUUGGCCUUUCUUCUUCCCAUUUCACUUUACCUUGCAUCACACAACUGCUUACACGUGGUGUCACUUGUUUACCUCUUCACUUCAUUCUUAAUAGUAUGUAGUUCUGUAUGGCAAUUGAUGUAUGUUAAAGUGAUAAAUAUGUGUCUCUGUUGACUAGAGUCUUGUAUUACAUUAAGCAAUAGGAGAAACAGAAGGCUCAAAUUUACGCUCCUUGUCAUGGAACUGAAAAAUGAAAUCCAAGAUUGGUCCAAGCACGUAUCUGAGAUUGGCAUAUAGUAUUUCUAUAAUGGAUAUUAUAAUAGCUUUGAGUCACAGAAACCUUAAACUGAGAACUGAGUAUAGUGUAGAACCUUUAAGAGCUAUUAUAAAAGUUACCAGCAGGAGGAUUCUGGGAGUGAUUGAUAUGUGUAUUGAUAUCUUUGUAGUAAUUUUGAAAGAAAAUGACUUUUCCCUCUGGUAGAGCUGUGCAGAACCAAGCCUUCUGUUACUUUCUUGUGCUAUCAAUUUGUAGCAUUUUCAUUUGGGAGGGUGGGUUUCCAGAACUCUGCUUUUGUUAAUUUCCACAUAUACUGGCUCCCUACAUCUCCUUCUGCCUACUGAUAUUUUAAAUAAUGGUGUAUAGUUGUCCAAAUGAAUACAGCUGACAGGCAUUUCAUUAAGCACAUGGACCAGGCUUUUUUAAAGGAGGAAAAAGAAAAAUAAUGGUGCAAAUACUUUUUCAUUAAAACUAAAAAAAAAAAAAAAAAGGAAAAAAAGGCAAAUGGGUUUUUCCGCUUUUUUGUGGGGUGGUGGAGCUGUAUAUUAUUCCAUGAGGUGCUAUGGAAUAUAGUAUGGGAAACCUACACCUGGCCAGUGCUUAUAUUCACUCAAAAAGUGUUCUGUGUUCAACUGAUACCACCAUGCUUAAAGCAUACUAUGUAUAAUGAAUGUCCAUCAGUCCAGUGGCUCUUAAAAGUGAAUGACUUGAUGGAAUUCAGUAUGACCCUGAGUAGCAAGAUAGGUGUCACCAAAGAAAGAAGAAAUUGACUUGCACUUUUGAAAAGUCUCAUGUAUGGGAAUGAGACCUUGUGAUCCAUCUUCAGUCUGUAUUGCGUAGUUUUACUACUUUCAGGGAAGGGCAGAAAUAUAUUUUUCCUAGUUCUAGACUUGAGUCUUGGGCUCCUUAGCUUCCAAGCUUUCCAAAGCAUUCAGUGAUUUAUUAAACAAUUACAUCUGUACCUUACUUGUGAAAAUAGAAUGUAUCAUUUAGUAGAUACCAAAUUGUGUAGCUACAGAAUAACCGACUUUUUACAGGUGAGCACAUAGGAUGUACUUACAUACUUGUGCAGUUUCAUAAAGUGACUCCCCUGAGUGACAGAGCAGAACAUAAAAUAUUAAUGCACUAAUAUGGUAGCCAAUUGAAUCUUGUUUUGUGAAAAUAAGUACAAAUCAAAGAAUUAAUGGGGAAGAACUUGUGUUUCUAAAUUUAAAACCUCAAGCUUUGCUCUCUGUGAAUUCUGGCACUUUAAACACAUUAACCAAAUGAAAUUCUGCUGCCCUCCACCAUUUAUUUUUGUAGGGCUUUGUCAUUUUUUUCAUUUAUUUAGACUCCACGUUUGGAGGAAACUUGGUUCCUGAACUCACUGAUUUUUUGUUGUUCUUGUUCUUAUUUUCCCUUGACAGUAGUAGUAGUAGUGUGUGUGUGUGUAUGUUUUACAUAUGCUUGUUUUAGUUUUUUCUCUUAUUACUUUAUUAGAUGUGGAACUUUUCCUCUUCAUUUCUGAAUUUUUCUUUCACUAACAUACUUAAAUGGGGUGGAAACAUAGCUAACUAUUCAGUGCUGCUUAAGAGAUGAUACGGAGGUGAUUAUUGACUAGGCGAGUCAGAAUUCGUACCGUGAAGCUUGCACUGCUGGUAAUGACUGUAGCAGAACACGGGGCUUCAUUCUGCCGAUGCCCAGCACCGACACACCACUCACAUUGCUCAGCCCCGGCUUGAAACUUACCUGGAGACUGAACGAGGAGCUCCAUUUGUGUCCAGGAAUUCCAGCAGCAUGUUUAAUUUAAAUCAUCUUAAUUUGGUAUUUAGAUACAUUGUUUAGAUAGGCAAGUAGCUAAGUUUUACUAUUUUAAAAAUCUAUUAUUUUAUCUCAGAUUGAAACACCUGGCUUGUGCUAGUUAGUUGGAUACAGUUUGCUCAGUUUCAUUAUCCCUUGCUUCAACUUCAUUUCCAUUUUGUUCCCCUGCCCCCAGUGGAAUAUAUUAUUCUAUAAUAUAUUAUUAUAAUAAACAAAUAUUUUAUUAAAACUAGAAGUAAACUAGAUCUCUAACAUCGUCAAUUCUUGUACUUCAUGAGAAAUUACCUGAUUUACCAGGGACUUGUAAAAUUGAUUUGCAUUUUGUGGAAUGACACAGACCUGUGGACAGCUUGAUUAAUUCAACUGUAUUGAUUUCUUAUUCAAGCAAAGGAAUUUAGACUGCACUAAAGCUGAGAGUAUUAACCUUUAGCAAGAUCAUCUUUUUAAACCAGGUUUUCAUUUACACUAAAACUGGCCUAUCCAUGUCUAGUAAGUAAAACUGAUAGAGACCAUUAGAAAGUUAAUUUUGGCUUGCCGGGCUUAGAGCUCAGCGACUUGUUUAAGAUUGUAAACUCUUCUUGGGUGAAAUGUGUGUAUUGAAUAAAAGUGUUUGCCAGCUUAUCCUUCCAGUGGACCUUUUCACAUCUGCCUUAAAAAUGCUAUUUAGAACAGUUUCAACUAAUAAAGUUUUAAAAUUUAACCUAUAUCAUUUAAUCAUUUAUUGAGAGUUGGAAAAUGAUGCUUAAUUGAUGAAAAAGCACUUAGAAAGGAAUAUGUUCCUGAUUUUAUUCUCCAAAUUAUACUAGUUUCAUGGUAAUAACAUGAGAAGUUACUCUGUAAUUAUUCUUACCACCAUAUGAAAUUCACUGGGUAAUUGUGGGUCAUUGCUUAUUUCCUGAGAGAAUGUGUUAACUCUUCAUCUGGUGAAGGCUGCAAAGCAGUUGAGAACUGUGAUUUGCAGUGAUUUCUCUAGGAGCCAGGAAAUCUUUAGGAUGAGUACUCUAAACAGUCAUCUAGCAAUAAAAAACACAGCUUCCACAACCCUUCGCAAACACCCAUGUUCAUCUGCAGUGUCAUGAUUUUGCAGAAAUUCUCACCGGAAUUUUCACUAAUGUUUUAAAUUCUUGAAAUAGCCUUGAUCUGGGAUGCGCAGGCUUCCUCGGGAAAGGUUUAUAGUUAUUGGAGAAGCGUAUCAGAGGGUCUGCAUGUGACAAGACUCGUAGGUAAGGUCUUCGGGCUCUUUCACUCCAGCAUCCUCGUAUUCCAUAUUAGGUGCCAUCUUUUGUGAUGUUUGACUGUGGCCUAUUAUGCUGAAAUGACUUGGCUUCCUUAAACAUCCAGUCCAUUUGGUAUGUCAUCUGAAGGUGGGUUGUCCAGGUGUGCGGGAACAAUCGGGAGCCGACUAGAUCAGCUGAAUGACAUCACCAUUGUUGGUUUUGGGGGGAAGGACCCAUUGCAGUUUAUGGAAUUCUCCACCAAAUCCUCUCUUUAUUUUUCUCAAAAAGUGCUGUCUUAAAGCUUUUAUUUAUACAUAAUUUUAACCUUCAUUCCCUCCUACCCACCAAAUGCUGUGAAUUGUGUUUUUAUUACUUUUCUGACUGGCUUCUUGGCCGUUACAGCCCUAGACUCUCUUGGUGUUUGGUGGCAUUGCCUACAAGUGAUACGCGGCUUGAGGAAAAAAAGGUCAAAAUCAUUCUGAAGCAUCAUCCUCUUUUAUCCUUGUUUAUGGCAACAGAAUAGUGAAGUUAAUACUUGUACAUUGUUAAAGAAUUAAUAACAUUUACAUACCGGUCUAAAAAUGCUGGUCAUUUUCAUUUGGAGCCUAGUAAUAUGGUUGUGACAGUUUUAGUGGAGCAGGCCCCUGUUCCUGGCACUAGGGAUAUAGUCAUAAAGUUAUCAAUAAGGGACAAGUUUCAUGCAGAGCUUAUGGGGUUCUGUAAUCACCGGAAUUUCCAUUUGCCUGUUUUGUCUUUUUUUUUUUUUUUGCCUUUUCACCCCUGCUCCCAACUCCUCCAAGUAGCACUGAUUUUCUGCUGAAGUUGAAAUUUGUGUUAAGAAUUGAUUUUUAAUUUCUAACACAAUUGAGCAUAGCUUUGAUGGCCACAAAAUGAUUGGUAUUUGUUUAUUCUUAAGCAAAAAUAAUGCAGGCUUAUAAAUGUCUCUUCCCCUCAACAAUGCGUAUUUAGCUCAAAUUCCAAAUGACUAAAUCUUAUUCCUAGUCAUAGCCAAUGAAAAAAUCCUUGGACAGUAGGUCCUGUAGCCCUUAAAGGAAUCAUUAGGGGUUAUAGUAAAUCAGAUUUUCUAGUGGUGCAGAGAGAGAUGCCCCUGUGGGAAACCUACCUCUGUGUGUCUUUUUCUGUUAGGUGGAACUACAGUGACCGAUCUCGAACUAGGAGUCCCAGUUCAAAGCUUAAAAACACCAGAAUCAAGGGGUAUUCAGUUCAGUUUAUCUUUCACGUUAGAGUCAUUAUUUGGAAAUAAAGUUUGCAAAUAUAUGUUCAUGUCCUCAAGCACUGCCUGGCUUGGUUUAAAACAAUGUUAUGUGGAUGUUACCUGAGAACUAUAGAUAGGGUCAACAACAAAACUUUGGGGGCGGGGCACAUAUUUAGUAGGGAAAUAGACCAUUUGUAAGAUACCACUUAUAGUUGUGAAAUAAUUUGUCUUUUUGUCUGUUCACAUCAUCUCAAUGAACUAUUAAACAUUUGUGUGCAGUGUC